AUGGUAGCUCAGAUCUAUGUGGAUGGCAUUGUCUUUGGUGGGAUGUCGGAUGAGAUGGUCCAACUUUUUGUCAAGCAAAUGCAAUAUGAGAUUGAGAUGAGUUUGGUGGGUGAAUUAACCUACUUUCUUGGGUUACAAAUCAAGCAGAUGGAAGACUCUAUUUUUCUUUGCCAAAGCAAAUAUGCAAAGAAUAUUGUGAAGAAAUUUAGGUUAGAGAACACUAGUCAUAAAAAAACUUCUGCUCUUACACAUUUGAAGUUAUUCAAUGAUGAAAAAGGGGUUAUCAUUGAUCAAAGCUUGUAUAGAAGCAUGAUUGGUAGCCUUCUUUACCUUACAACAAGCAGACCAAAUAUUACUUUUAUUGUUGGAGUAUGUGCUAGAUAUCAAGCGGAAUUCAAAGUUAGUCAUUUCAAUCAGGUCAAAAGGAAUUUGAAGUAUGUGAAUGGUACAUGUGACUAUGGUAUACUAUAUUCACAUAAAUCAAACUCUAUGUUAUUGGGUUAUUGGGAUGCUGAUUGGGCUAGAAGUGUUGAUGAUGGGAAGAGUAGAUCUGAAGGGUGUUUCUUUUGGGGCAACAAUCUGAUCUCAUGGUUCAACAAGAAGUAG